CGAUAUGUGGGUAAAGUCUAUUACUUACAAGGGCGAGUGAUAAGAUAGCGAUGCCACACGCUCGGCAUCCCGCUAAUGAACAGUAACACACGAGCGGUCCGCUUGUGCACAGGUUUGCGGCAACCGUCUACGCGCGCGGAUCGCGAAGUUUAACACUAUCGUGCGAAAAGAAGUAAACGAGCGUAAGCGAACGCGAAGCCGGAAGGACCCGGAGAUGUCCACGCGCGAAAAGAUAGUGUUCUACCUCGCCGAGUGAUUCGCGGCUCGUUUUUUCGUUAACUCGAAGAACUUGAAGACUUCGCGCCAACCGGGGGAAGAUCUUAUUGAGGCAAAGUCGCCGUUAAAUUAUUUAAUAAACCGUUCGUGAGAAAUUUUGCCGCAGGGACUUUUUGGCGAUCUCCAAAAGAGAAAAAAGCGCUGUCGCUUCUGUACGUGAACUACGUGAGAAUCGUCAAAAUGUGUGUUCGCCGAUUACGUAUCAAUCGACUGCGCGGGCGGGCUAGGGCGUGACAUUAAUAUUUGAAAGCUACGAGAAUGCAAGUCGAUGGAAACGUAACCUUAAGCAGUAAAAUACGACGAAGAGGAGCGUAAAAGCCCGUAUUAUUUACGCUUUCAAUUCACCGGCGUAGUCGAGAUCCUCUCAAGAACAUCCAGCGACUUCCUCGUAGGCGCGUCCUCACAGCGUAGCCGAAUGUCGUGGAGCAGAGUGGCGCAUGGCUAGAUAAGAGUCUCGCCCGACUUAGGGAACCGGGCGGCAUGGGUAUGCCGCGUUUCUCCCUGAAGAGAUACUUUUUCUACGUGCUAUGUCUGACGGGCACGUUACUCGUCUUGCUGAACCUCCUGCAGGACGAGAAAUGGCACAGCAUGCGGCCACAUCCCGGGCAGCCGCAGUCCGUUCGGGCUGCCGGCGACGGGCCAAAGAUGAAGCCCGAUUCGCCUUUGAAAUCGAAGAAGCCGACGAUGCGAGUAUUACGCACUCGGGAGCGAGUGAGGAAAAGACUUUCGUCCGAGGCAAUGAAUAUAAAUGGAACCGCGAGCUUGGGCGAAAACUCGAUAGACUCGGACCCAUCGCGAAGACCUUGGUACAUGAAAGGAGGAACCAGAAGACCUUAUCCAGCGAUAAGAACUCGCAACACCGGCAGAAGAUUGGCUCAAUUGUGGCCGGAGGAAGAUGCUUACGAUGAUCGUGUGACUAAUCAGUUAAUGUUCGUGCCACCCGAUUACAACAAAACGGGCGGCGAGAAUCAUCCAUUGAAGAAAAUAAUGAUUCCUCACGGGAUGGCCGAAGCCAAAGUCGGUCCUGACAUUUUCUUCCAGCAACGCUGCCCGGUGAAUACUUGCACGAUCGUCCGCGACAAUCCGGACAGCGCCGAUCUCAUUCUAUUUAAGGAUUACGUCACGCACGUGGGACGGAGAUCUUACAAUCAGGUGUGGAUGCUGUAUUUUUUAGAAUGUCCUUAUCACACACAGAGCGUGAAGAACGCCCUUAUCAAUUGGACCGCCACGUAUCGGCGCGAUAGCGACGUAGUGGCACCUUACGAGAGAUGGCAAUAUUACGAUUCCAGUAUUACACAGAUUGCACAAACGUUUAAUUAUGCGGCAAACAAAACGAAGAAGGUCGCCUGGUUCGUUUCCAACUGCCAUCCCCGAAAUCAGCGCAUGCAUUAUGCCAGGGAACUCUCGAAAUACAUCCAAGUGGACAUUUACGGCGCGUGCGGCAGCCUGCGCUGCCCGCGGUCGCAGUCGCAGACGUGCUUCGACAUGCUCGACGAGGACUACAAAUUCUAUCUCGCGUUCGAGAAUUCCAACUGCAAAGACUACAUCACGGAGAAGUUCUUCGUUAACGGACUCGGGCACAACGUCUUGCCCAUCGUGAUGGGCGCCCACCCGACGGAUUACGCGCGCAGCGCGCCGUACCGCUCCUACAUCCACGUGGACGAGUUCGAGUCGCCGAAGGAGCUCGCCGAGUACCUGCAUCGGCUCGACCGCGACGACAAUCUGUACAACUCGUACUUCCGCUGGAAGGGCACCGGCGAGUUCAUCAACACGUACUUCUGGUGCCGGAUGUGCGCCAUGCUGCACGACGACCGUCCGCCGAAAUACUACAAGGACGUCAACGAGUGGUGGCGAGGGGACGGCGUGUGCACGAGCAGCUCGUGGCGGGAGCACGACCAGGUCGCGCGUCCGCAAAACACCUGAGGAUGAUAAGUCGCCCCGGGGACGCGUUUAAAGGGCUCUUCCGGCGGCCACGGAGAGUUCCGUGCGUGCCAUGCGUGCGUGCGCCCGCCCGCCCACGACACGUUGCUCAAUUUCUACAAACUCAAUUUCUACAAAAAUUCCGAUUCUUCCAAAACGGAACGUUGCCCGAGUCCAACGAGGGGCGGCCGGAAGCUUCUGAGAGGGGCCAUUGUGCUCUCGCAUUUAACGACGGGCGGGCUGCUCGAGGCGGAUCGUAAGCGCCCGGGGAUGAACGUCGAAUCGAUCGGCGGGGCUUUUGCGAAACGAGAUCCUGGUGAGACGCGAAAGCGUGCCAUGGUCUCGCACGACCUCGUUUCACGAUCGCUACUCGAGCCGCUCUCGAGGAAGGUAUUAAUAAGACCCUCGUCGAGAGUAUCGCGCGACUUUUCAUCACUCGGCCGCUUUUAAGGGGCGCUCAGGAAAGCCGCGACUUGGCUUUUACUCGUUUCCGACGAUCGAGACGCGAACAGGAAAGUCUUUCUAAGGGCGAGUUUCACAAACGUCGGUUAACUGCCGACCAAAGGUUAAUCGAUUCUCUGUCUCUUCUUAGAUAAUAAGGUAGAAAAGAGAUAGGGAGUCGACUGAACUCUGCUUAACUGUUAACUGACGUCAGUGAAACUGGCCCUAAAUGAGACUGCUCGCUCGCGCGCGAGCGAACGAAUUUUAUCAAGGAGGGCAGCGCGUGUGCCUAAUUGUCGAAUCUUCCAAAGUAACGUUUCUAUAUGCUCCUUUUUUUUCGGAUGACAAACAAAGAGAGGUGAGAACAGCGCCCGAAAGACCCCCUGGGAGGUCAUUUUUACUUAUACCACGCGCGACGAAAUUCGUCCGGGCACAAAAUUUUGCGACGUUCGGAAAACGUUUGAAGAAACAUUCGAGCAGGCGUGCGGAGGGCGCCGUAAAACAAUACAAUACACGUGUCACGAGACUCAAGUGUAAUACGCGUUUGUCCAGAAGACCCGAUUCUCGCUGCGCAUUUAGCAUUGAACUGUAUUGCCUGCGAUCCUGGGGUUUAUCCGUGCAACUUAAAAAGACACGUACUUGAGACGGAGUAUUGGGAUCGUUUGCCAUUGAGUGUGCGAUGAGAACACAUGGAUUAUAUGUUUGUAUGGGACGACCCCUGAAUCACACCGGAUAAUCUUCCAACUGUGUGUACUAGAGGACCAAUUACGAGAGAUAGCGAUUUAAAAAAAAGAGAGAAGGCGUUAAUCAGCAUCGAAAAUUACGAUGUUAAUUGACAUGAGAAAUUGAACAUUUUUAAGAAAUUUGACUUCGAUUAUGUGCAUAAAUAGUAUUCGCGAGUAGAUUCAUAAAUAAGAUCCGCUGUAUGCAAUUGUUGUAUCACUUUUUCUGUGAAAUUAGUGUUACCCACGGUGUGUACCCACCGAAUAUUUCGUCUGCUGCUAAAGGUGUAUCGUUUACAAAUCAGUACUACUGCUGUAGCAGUUUUCAGAUGAAAAAGUUCAGUUUGUUAAGUAAACCGGAACUUAUUUAUGAAUCAACCAAAUAAAAUCUUAUUCCUCAAUCAAUUUUAUCUCGGCAAAACUUUUAAAUCAACCUUAAUUAUACGAGUAAUUAAGUUGACAAUUAAUUACGAUGACAAAAGUGCAAGAAAUGCAUUGCUAAAACGGGAGUCAUUUGCAAAUUUAUCAUCACGACAGCUGGAAGGACAAUCGGUGAAGAAAAAUCUAAAACGUGUUAGAUAAGUAACUGCAAUCUAAUGAAAGAGAGAGAGAGAGAGAGAGUGAGCAGCCGCGAGAUUUGCGUGUAACAUAAAAGAACAGUGGCGUCGAAAAUGGAGUGUGAACCGCGUAUUGUUUUGUAAUGCAAUUUGCGAGCUCUCGUCGAGGAGGGCUCGCUGCUUUUUGUAGAGUGAGAAUUACUGUUCAGUAUUUAAUAUUAUUGUUCCUUCUUGCGAAUUCUCGCGAGGGGAUCUUAUCGUUGUAGGCGAAGAAAAAAAAAA